AACUGGGAUUUAAAUAUUGAAAUCCGUUGACUUUCUUGCACGAGCAAAAGCAGCAAUUUUUAGUUCACAAGAAAGUUAUGAAUGUAAUUGAAGAUGUCGAAAGAUGAAAAAGAGUGUAUUAUUCCCGACGUCAUAUACGAUACAAACUCCGGAAAAAGUUAUAUUAAGGGUAGAUUUUUUGGGAAAGGUGGUUUCGCAAAAUGUUACGAAAUACGAGAAUCAAAGUCACAUCGCACAUUCGCUGGAAAGAUUGUACCAAAAUCGCAGAUUACAAAAAGCAAUCACAGGGAGAAAAUGACACAAGAGAUUUCUAUUCAUCAAACUUUAAAUCAUAAAAAUGUUGUUGGCUUUUAUGGAUUUUUUGAUGACCCGCAUAAUAUAUAUAUAAUCCUGGAAUUAUGCCGUAAAAGGUCAAUGAUGGAAUUACAUAAACGUAGAAAAGCAUUAACAGAAUGUGAAACCAGGUAUUAUAUGAAACAAAUUUUAGAAGGAGUAAAUUACUUGCAUCAAAAUAGAAUUAUUCAUAGAGAUUUAAAGUUAGGCAACUUAUUUUUGAAUGACGAUUUACAAGUUAAGAUUGGUGACUUUGGGUUGGCUACCAGAUUAGAACAUGAUGGAGAACGAAAAAAAACACUUUGUGGCACACCUAAUUAUAUAGCACCAGAAAUUUUAACUAAAGCUGGUCAUUCUUAUGAAGUUGACAUAUGGAGUAUCGGAUGCAUUAUGUAUACCUUGUUAGUCGGCAAACCUCCAUUUGAAACCUCUAGUUUAAGAGAAACCUAUGCUAGAAUUAAGCAGGUCCAGUACAAAAUUCCCACUCAUAUAAAUACAGUUGCGAUGAACAUGAUAUCUAAUAUGUUGCAAGGGGUUCCGUCUAAACGUCCAUCCAUAUCAAAAUUAAUGACAGAUCCGUUUCUUACUGGUGGUUAUAUGCCAGUCAGUUUACCUCUAUCAUGUUUGACAAUGGCACCCCGGUUAGAUACAUUAGAAAUGCACAAUCAACGUAAACCAUUGUCCGAAAUGAACACUAAUAUAGGAGGAGAGGGACAAGACUUUAUAUUCCGAGUACCUGUUAGUCCAGCUCGUAAAGCAAAGCCUGCAGAUACAAUGAGUGAAGUUCAAAAGCUGAAUCAUGACAUUAGAAAGAUGCAGCAGACGUUACGAGAGCAGCUGGCUGGUGUGUUAAAGUCUAAACCAAGUAGAGAGACAACUUCGUCAGCAGAUGAAAUGACAGAUCCAGCCGCUCAACCUGUAGUAUGGAUAAGUAAAUGGGUGGACUAUUCAGAUAAAUACGGUUUCGGUUAUCAACUUUCUGACGACGGAGUGGGUGUGAUGUACAACGAUGGUACUCGACUAAUUAUGUUAGCUAAUUGCUUCAAUAUACAUUAUAUAAAUCGCGAGGGAAAUGAACUGUACUAUACGGCCAGAGAAUACCCGCCCGAAUUAGAAAAAAAGAUGAAACUGUUGAACUUCUUUUUAAAAUACAUGAAAGAGAAUUUAAUGAAAGCUGGAAGUUCAGUUAACGUGAAACCAUGCGAUGCGAUGUCUAGGAUACCCUAUAUGUAUCAGUGGUUCAGAACACAAAGCGCCGUAGUUAUGCAAUUAACAAAUGGAACAGUACAAAUAAAUUUCCUAGAUCACACAAAAAUUAUUAUAUGUCCAUUAAUGGCGGCUGUUACCUACAUAGAUACAGAGAAGAACUUCAGAACUUACAGAUUUCAAACCAUAGAAAAGAACGGAUGUUGUGAAGGUUUGAUAAAAAAUUUGACGUAUGCCUACGAGAAACUUGGAUUAAUGUUAUCGAAUUCUCGGACUCAUUGAUUAGUUGGAUAGGAAGGAAGUGAUUCCGAUAUAGUAUAUUUUAGAAGUAUUAUACUUUUUUUUUUUAAGUAAAAAUAGCGCCUUUAUAUUUGGCGAAUAACA